AGAAGAAUGAGAAGUAGUCGACGAAGAAGACGCUGUCCGUGAUGCUGUUCCUGUCACUGUGCGCAAAUGCGCAUCCAACAGCACAGACCUCCGGUGGAUAACGAGAAAACAAACACUAGCAGGCUGGGAAACGACACGUUAGGGCGGAAGAGAAAACAGCGCUUGAGGGGGAAGACAGAAACCAAGGGGAAAGUCUGUGACACGGCAGCGACCAUGGUGGGCGAACGCCGCAAUGGGAACCUGCUGGUCCAGCUCGGCCCGAGGCUGCAGGCAUAUCCUGAGGAGCUGAUCCGUCAGCGCCGCACCCAUGAUGGCCAGACGGAGUACCUGAUUCGCUGGUGCCUCGUCACCAUCGAUGACGGCUCCAGCACCGGGGGUGGGGCCAGCGAGGCCGGAGGGACGGGCGGUGGCGGCUCGGGGGUGGGCGGGUCCAGCGGCUCCACAUCUGGAGAAACCAAACCGGAGAACAUCCUGAUGUGGAUGUCGACGGAGGACGUGUACGCCAACUGCCCCACCCUGCUGGGCAAGAGGAAAACGGACACACAGCGCCCCCUGCAGCCGCAGGAGAAGCAGCAGGGCGGCGAGAUGGCCGACGGAGGCCAGAGGAGCGGCGGCGAGUUCCCGGCCGACGUCACCUUCGAUGAGGUGGAGCUGUCGGACAUGAAGGAGGACGUGAAGAACCUGGUGCGGCGAGCCCGGAAGCAGAUGGCCAAGAAGAGCGACUUCUCCAUCAGCAUCACGCACACCAUCCACGUCCUGAGCGCCUACGCCAGCAUCGGCUCGCUGGUCGGCGUCUUCAAGGAGACGGGCGCCCUCAACCUGCUGAUGGAGCUGCUGUGCAACAAGGAGACACAGACCAGACGUAGCGCCGGGAAGAUGCUGCGAGCGCUCGCAUCACAUGACGCAGGAAGUCGAGCCUACGUGCUGCUGUCUCUCAGUCAGCAGGACGGCAUCGAGCAGCACAUGGACUUUGAUAACCGCUACACUCUGCUGGAGCUGUUCGCUGAGACCACGUCAUCGGAGGACGGCAUCUUUGAAGGCAUUCACCUGCCGCAGAUUCCUGGGAAGCUGCUGUUCUCUCUGGUGAAGCGUUACCUGUGCGUCACGUCUCUGAUGGACAAACUCAACACGGCGGGGGGCGGACACCGCACCAGACGGAGCACCUGCGGUGCAGCGGAGUUCGACUUCACCAUGGCCAUGGCCAACCUGAUCUCGGAGCUGUCGGGUGAUGGCUGGGACCGGAACCGCCAGCCCCCGAUGGCUCCACCCACCGCCCCGGAGGAGGCGGGGUCUCCGCUCGGCUAUGUGGAGUAUGUCCAGGACAACCUGAAGAGCGGCAUGAUGGUCCGCAUGCUGGAGGACUACGAGGAGGUGAGCGCCGGGGACGAGGGAGAGUUUCGCUACAGCAACGACGGCUCGCCACCUGUUCAG